CUCUUUGAAGACGCAGGACCUUAUCUGUGUGAGACACUACACAUUCCAUCCCACAAGAAAAUAGACUUGUGGGCGCUUCCAGAUCCACUUGAAGGAGAGAAACCAAACCAGCCCUAUCCUAUAUUGAUCAAGCUGGCAAUUUACGGAAGCCCAAAUAAGCAGCUCACAUUGCAAGAGAUAUACACAGUACUCGAGGGUCAUUUUGAAUGGUUCAAGGUUCAACGAAACGAGAAGGCUUGGAAGUUGGGUUUUUGUUCUGACUCCUCACCUAUUCUGCCUCAUGACUAUGCACAGAACUCAAUUCGCCAUAACCUUUCUUUGAACAAAGUCUUCAAACAUGUUCCCCAUACCAUCAUGGAGCCAGGCAAAGGAAGCUAUUGGCAACUUGAC